CCUUCCCAAUGUCAGGGACGGGCAAGGGAGGACAGAAGGCGGCGAACAGGGGAGAGAGACCGAGUGUGGAGACUGCUGUCAUGGCAGCCAAGGUCGUUGCGCAAGACAAGAUGACGUACAAUGACAAGCUGGAGAAGAACGAGGGUGACAUGGAAGUGGUCGCCGACAAGGUACUGGCAGAGACUACUACCGCUCCCCGCAUGGUCCAAGGAGGUGACCAGGUGCCGCCAAGCAGCACUUUGCAAGAACAGUCUGCCGACCAUGGAGGUCAACCUGAUGGUCGAGAUCUCGGCGCGUAUCUGGCGGUCUCGGUCGAGAAUGCAGCAUCGUUUCAUGACAUCGAAGCCUCAGUCUUUGCAGAGGGCCUCUCGGUCGUCCAUGCUGCGCUCGCAGACGUACUCGCAGCUCCGCAAGGAACGUCAAGGCGACGUGGCUCGAGUAGCCUGGCUUCUCGUGCCACAGCGGCGAGCGGAACGGCGGCAGAGCAGGCCGCGGGCGACCCAGCCGGUGAUGCCGUCGCUCCUCGCAACUCAAGUGCAGGAACGAGCGCGGUUGAGACCGACAAGAACAAGGCAGAGGCGUUUGCGACCGCCAUCGAUUCGGCUGUCCAGGCGGCGCGGGCCCAAGUGGCGAAUGGAGCGCGCCCGCUUGCGCGCGAGGACUCGGGCUCGGAGCUACUUCCUGGGCUGGCGGCGUCUGUGGCGCAGCAAGUGGUGAGCGAGCCGCCGAGUCUGCUGCUCUCGACCGAGCUCGGUGGCUAUGUGCUCCGGUUUGGUUCGACGGACAGCGCGCUGCUCACGGCGUUUGCGCUGCACGAGGCCUUUAUGUCUGCGAGGUGGCCAGACUCGCUGCGGGCGCGUCCGGAGAUGAUGCGGGUGCAAAAGUCCGAAGAUCUCGCCACGGUGCUCCAGCGCGGCCUCCGCCUCCGCACCGCCAUUGUCACCGAGGCUCCCCUGCCAGACUUGCCGGUGGCAACCGCCGACGACACGGUGGAGGACGACGAGGAUGGCGAGGAGUCGCACGAGUCGGUGGUGGCCGCUGCUCACGCAAGUCUCGAGAAGGUUGCGCUCGCCGACGAGGUCAAGGCUCGGCGCGCCGAGGCGGCGUGGCAAGCGUGGCGGCUCGCUGAGCUGGCGGCUGGCGGCCAGAUCCUGCUCACCGGCUCGGCGUGGACGUACGCAUCGCGGGUAGUCGAUCCGGCCACGUGCUCGGUGACCCACCUUGGGUCGUGCGCCAUUGGCGCAGCCCGCGAGAACAUCUACCAGCUCCUCCCGCCGUCACUCUCCGGGCGGUCGUUUCCGGUCAUCUCGGCGCUCAAGGCGCGGCCGCCGUCCGAGCCGGUGUCGCCCUCCGAGCCAGGCUUGCCGGCGGCAGAGCCGGCAGAGGCCAGCUCCGCCCCUGCAGGUGACCAUCAUCCGCCCGAGUCGGCAGCUGGAGCCGGGCCUGACGCGGCGAACAAGACGGAGCCGCCUAUGGUGACAGUGGGCACUGUCGCCGAAGGGUCGGCCCCAGUGUCAGCUGUGACCACGCCAACUGCUGCAACAGCACCGGCCAAGGUGCCAGCAACGGCUGCGCUGCCGCCGCUUCCGCCGCUGGCGACUGCCAACGGGAGCGAGUCUGCUUGGCCUGGCGAGGCGUCGCCGAGCUCGGACAAGGGCCGUGGCGCGGUGUCGGCGCGGAAGCGGUCCGACUCGAUCACGUCAGACUCGUCGGACAUGGCGCUGCGGGCGUCAAUGGGCGCGCCGCCGGCAAAUGCGUCAGUCUCCAGUCGCAAGCGGAUGUACGCGCGGCGACGGUCCAACUCGCGGUCGCACGUCAACGUUGCGUCGUCGUCGUCGGUCUCAACACUCUCGGACGUGCUGCACUCGAUGAACACGCUCGACCGCGUGGUGUCGGACACCAAGUCGCGGAUGGAGAUCCUCGUCCAGGGCCUCACCACCAUCCAGCGCAAGCUCGGGCUCGAUGACGGAGCGCCGAUCGAGGACACCAUUGUGGCGCUCGAUGCCGUAGUCGACGACGCCGCGCGCGCGCGCUCCGAGCUCGACGAGCUGCGGGCCAAGGUCGCUGACUACGAGCGGACGAUGUCGUUCCGCUCCGGCGUUCAUGGCAACUCGGGAGUGUGGCCCAUGCCCGAGGUGCAGGAGCAGUCGACGGAGGUCAACCGCUUUGCCAUGGUCGACGACGGCAUCGACGGCGAAGAGGGCUCUCUCUCGUCGUCGAGCUCGUCCAACAUGUCCGCCCACACCCAUACCUCGGCCGAGGUCUCCGACUCGCACUCGGCUGGCGUCUCGGACGACCAGCUGUAACACACACAACUUCUCCUU